AUGAGCGUGGGGGCCCAGCACGUGGGGAGAGGAUGGCGCAGACCUCGGAGACGGGACACGGAGAGCUCCCGAGUGCUCUCAUCCCUUAAAGUCAGUGCCUCAACAUGGCAGAUACUCAUGGGUGUGACUAGCGCUGGAGAUGUGCAGGCGGUAGAGGCUGUGCUCAUUCACGCGGGAUCCAGUGGGGUGGGCACGGCUGCCAUCCAGCUGGCCCAGAGGGCUGGCACCAUUCCUCUCGUCACAGCUGGCUCCCAGCACAAACUUCAGAUGGCAGAAGAUUUUGGAGCAGCUGCCGGAUUCAAUUACAAAGAAGGAGAUUUUUCUGAAGCAACACUAAAAUUCACCAAAGGUGCUGGGGUGAAUCUAAUUCCAGACUGUACAGGUGGAUCCUACUGGGAGAAGGUCAACUGACUGGUUCUUGAUGGUCACUGGGUUCUCUAUGGUCUGACGGGAGGAGCUGACGUCAGUGGGCCCCUGCUUUCAAAACUACUUUUUAAACGAGGAAGCCUCGUCACUACUCUGCUGAGAUCCAGGGAACAAAAGUACAAGCAAACGCUAGUGAAAGCUUUUACAGAGCAAAUUUUGCCACACUUUUCCGAGGAGGGCCCCCAACGCCUGCUCCCCGUGCUGGACAGCGUCUACCCGUGGACCGAGGUCCGAGCGGCCCAUCAGUACAUGGAGGCCAACAGGAACGUGGGCAAGGUCGCCCUCGAGCUGCCCCCACCGAAGGAGGAGGCGCUGGAGCCGCCCCCGGCCACCCAGGCCUUCCCCGAGCUGAGGAAUAGGACUCCACUCCCCUGUCCGCCUCGCCCACCGGCUGCUGCAAACUGCUCUAGGAAAAUAAACAGCGGCCCCAGGCGAGCGCAUUUGGCCUGGGGAAACUCUUCGAAGCAGGAUAAGCGUCAGCACGUCCCGCCGUGA